UAGGUAGGUUUUUGUGCACGCAAAUAGCUACGAGGAGGAGACCACCAGGAUCAUAGAAAUGGUCGUUCUAUGUUCUCAUUGCGAAGACGUCAAACAGGCAACGACGAAGGAAAAACGCCAUCAUCCCCAACAACACAUUCACAAAACUUCACCAGAAACAGGCCUGUAUUUUGCCAGCCCAUGGCAUCCAUCAACCGCACAAAGACGCAUAGCUACCAGCCACCAACCGCACAGUUUCGGCGAGCUUAAAUACUUAAAUAUGCAGUAGCUAUAGAUGUAUAGAUAAAAAAAUUAAGAAAAGAGAAAAAGGUAUAGAAGAUCGUGUUAGGUUGAGACUUGAGAGUUGAGCUGAGCUGAGUGAGGAGAAUCCCGAAGCUGCUGUCUCAAUCUUCGCACCGUUUUCUGUUUGGAUUUCCCUUCCCUUCUUGGCUCUUACUUGUUAGAAUCUCCAUUUCUAUGAAGCCCACUACACUCUUUCACAGGGGUAACUUUCAGGACUUUCGUUUCUAUGAUCUUCAUGGCUGCUUCGGGUUUGCUGGGUGGUGAAAAGAGAGAAAAUGAAGCAGAAAAUCGAGUUAGUAAUGGGAAUCAUGAAAGUCCAACAAUGUCAAUGACAAGUGCAUCUAAUAGCACCGGCAGCAACGAGCAGUGUCGGCCUUGGGUUGAUGGGAAGAUGAUGAGAAAGAGAAUGGCUUCUGAAAUGGAAGUGCAGUUGAAUAAUGGUGAUUAUUACGGUAGGUUUCACAGAAGAAACAACCCAAAUUCCACCGCCAUUAAUGCCACCUCGCUUCUCAACUACUCCACUAUCAAUAAUAUGAAUAUGAAUACACUGCUACCUUCUUCCACAAACUUGACCCAUGUGACGUCAGGCGGGUCUGGAUUUUUAUCCACCUUUACAUCAUCAAGAACGACAACAAACUUGAGUUCCAUCGACAAUUUUUCUUCUCAUCAACAGCCCCAGAGUACUUUCCAGGCUCAGGCUGAGGCUCCUGCUGUUUGUGGCUUCUCUGGUCUGCCGUUGUUCCCACCGGAGAGUAGUAGAAACGUGGCUGUCAGCGGCUUGAUCCCGGCUUCUACUGCUUGUGUUACCGCUGUUACUUCGCCUUCCAUGGAGGAUAGCUCAGCCACGGCUUGGAUCGACGGCAUCAUAAAGGACCUUAUUCAUAACUCGAAUAAUGUCUCUAUUCCUCAGUUGAUUCAUAAUGUGAGGGAGAUUAUUUUCCCUUGUAAUCCCAACCUCGCUGCGCUACUUGAGUACAGGCUCCGUUCUCUCACUGAGCCUUUGGAGAGAAGGCCUGUGAAUCUCCAUCAAAGGCAGUUUAAUAAUCUUCAUCAUGAACCUUCUUCUACUCUUUCGCUCAAUCUCGACUGUGCUGUCGACAACCUCUCUAGUUAUUCUCUACCGGAUUCGUCUUACUUAAACUGGGGAAUAACACAACUGCCCGCCGCCCCUACCAGUCAACAAAAUCCACAACAUCAUCAUCAGUCUGUCACGGCCGUUCCUCUCUCGUUGAAUCAGGUGCAGUCUCAAGCUCCUCAGCCUCAGGAACAAAAGCAACAAGGCAACGAGAGCUCUUCACCAGUGGAGACAGUUGCAACACCUACGCCAACAACAGCAGCAACCCCAACAGCGACAGCUUCUGCAAUAAGAGAUAAAAAAGAAGAAAUAAGGCAACAACAGAGAGACGAAGAAGGUCUGCACCUGCUGACCCUUCUCUUGCAGUGUGCGGAGGCGGUUUCCGCCCAUAACUUGGAAGAAGCAAACAAGAUGCUGCUGGAGAUUUCUCAACUCUCCACGCCAUAUGGGACUUCUGCACAGCGAGUGGCUGCUUAUUUCUCAGAAGCAAUGUCUGCAAGGCUAGUAAGCUCCUGCCUGGGAAUAUACGCAGCUUUGCCUUCUUUACCCCAAAGUCAUACCCACAAGAUGGUGUCGGCCUUCCAAGUGUUUAAUGGCAUCAGCCCUUUUGUCAAGUUCUCUCAUUUCACAGCCAAUCAGGCUAUACAGGAAGCGUUCGAGAGGGAGGAGAGGGUGCACAUCAUAGAUCUAGACAUCAUGCAAGGCCUUCAAUGGCCUGGUCUCUUUCACAUCCUCGCUUCUAGACCUGGAGGCCCUCCUUACGUGCGCCUCACCGGAUUAGGCACCUCUAUGGAGGCUCUAGAGGCCACCGGCAAGCGCCUUUCUGAUUUCGCUGAGAAACUGGGUCUUCCCUUUGAGUUCUACCCGGUUGCUGAUAAAGUCGGAAACUUGAAUCCUGAAAAACUCAACGUCGGCAAGAGAGAAGCCGUCGCAGUCCACUGGCUACAGCAUUCCCUCUACGAUGUCACUGGUUCUGAUACCAACACACUAUGGCUUCUGCAAAGAUUAGCACCAAAAGUGGUGACGGUGGUGGAGCAGGACCUCAGCCCUGCAGGGUCGUUCUUGGGGAGGUUUGUGGAGGCAAUACAUUACUACUCAGCUUUGUUUGACUCGUUAGGGGCUAGCUACGGCGAGGAGAGCGAAGAGAGGCACGUGGUGGAGCAGCAGCUGCUGUCGAGGGAGAUACGCAACGUCCUGGCCGUGGGAGGCCCCUUUAGGAGUGGUGAUAUCAAAUUUCAUAAUUGGAGGGACAAGCUUCAGCAAUCCGGGUUCAAGGGUAUCUCUCUAGCUGGGAACGCCGCCACUCAGGCCACCCUUCUCCUCGGCAUGUUCCCUUCCGACGGUUACACAUUAGUCGAGGACAAUGGCGCGCUCAAGCUCGGUUGGAAAGACCUUUGCUUGCUCACUGCCUCUGCUUGGAGGCCAUUUCAUGCUAGUGCAGUUGCUGCCGCCACACACCGCUACUAAUUAUUGUAUCAAAUUAUACAUGUCAUCUGGGUGUGUUUUUUUUUUUUAUAUAUUUCAAUCUUUUUUAUGUGUUACUUCCGCCAUGAAUUAGGCUGCUAUGAUUCUGAAGGUCAGCGACAGCCCGGUUAUCAUUUUUCUGAAGAAUUGGCAUCUGUUCAAGCUCCGAUAAAAGCUGAUUUUUGAGUCGGGCUGAGCCUGAGCGAUUAGGAUUAAUCAUUGGGUCACUAAUUACUUGAAAACCUAUUAUUGACUGCAAAAAAUCUAUUUUAUAAUGUUACUGUAACUCUUACAAA